AUGGCGGGGUACAGAGUGGAAGACGAUUACGAUUACCUAUUCAAAGUUGUUCUUAUAGGCGAUUCAGGAGUCGGAAAAUCGAAUCUACUUUCCAGAUUCACCAAAAACGAGUUUAAUCUCGAGUCUAAAUCCACCAUUGGAGUCGAGUUCGCUACUCGGACUUUGAAAGUCGAUGGUAAGGUCGUCAAAGCUCAGAUUUGGGAUACUGCUGGUCAGGAGAGGUACCGAGCCAUUACCAGUGCAUAUUACCGUGGAGCCGUAGGAGCACUCCUAGUAUACGAUGUAACCCGCCGUGCAACAUUUGAGAACGUAGACCGGUGGUUAAAGGAGCUCAAGAACCACACAGACCCAAACAUCGUGGUGAUGCUCGUUGGUAACAAAUCUGAUCUCCGCCAUUUACUAGCUGUUCCUACAGAAGACGGGAAAUCCUAUGCCGAGCAAGAAUCCCUGUGCUUCAUGGAAACAUCUGCCCUCGAAGCCACCAACGUUGAGGAUGCCUUUGCUGAGGUUUUAACACAGAUCUACCGCAUCACAAGCAAGAAGCAAGUCGAAGCUGGUGAAGAUGGGAAUGCAGCAGUCCCAAAAGGGGAGAAAAUCGAAGUUAAAAACGAUGUCUCUGCUCUGAAGAAACUCGGGUGCUGCUCAAAUUGA